CGGGACGUUGUCACUGACGCUCCCUGGUCUCUGGGGCUGUGAGCACGGAGCCGAGCGUGGCCCGGCCGUACUGGUCCACAGGAGAUGACAACAUACAACUGCUACCUGUUACAGUGGAGCUAAAGGUUCCAACCCUGCUGAUGAACCAUGGCUAUUGAAAAACUUCUGCUAGUGCUAUGUGAACUCAACAUGAUCCCUUAAGAAAACUGUUAAAGCUGAAGAUCACAAGGUUCUGGAAAUGGAGUGGGGAGGUGAAUAUUCUCUUGAUUCUUCCAACUUAGAUUGUUUGUUAAACAUUCUUCCUGGGGACCUGGAGUUUCAACAGAUCCUCAGUGACAUUGAUGAGAAAAUAAAGAAAAAUUCUGCUAGUGUGGAACAAUGCCUUAAAGAGCUACAAUCAGAAGUAAAUGAGACUUGUACUGAUGAGCUGUUACAAAACACAACUAACUGCCUUCACUGGUUGAAUAACUGCAGUUUCAGUUCCCUCAAACCUUCUUCUACACCUCAUGGAGAGUUGAUUGAAUUUCUUAAAACCCUGCAAAGCUUGCUGAGGAAUGAACAAAAUCAAGAAGAAAUGAUACUACGCUUUCUUCUGGAUCUCUCCAGUCAGUGUGGGGUCGCAUUUCCAUGUACUCCAAGUGAGACAUCUUUUGAGAUAACAUCCAGAGCUUCUCUUCAUGCCAUUGAGGAUGAUUCAUCUAUGAAUAUCAAGUCUGUUUGGGAUGAUGUGAGAUUACACCUUCGACGUUUUUUAGUAAAUAGACUUCAGGGACCUCAUGAAACAAAUACUGAUACUUUAAAACAGCAAAUGCAAUUUAAAGCUCAAUGCAUACAACAACUUUUGUUUCUAUAUCCAGAAUCAGAAGUUCUAACCAAGUACCAAAACUUGCAGAAUAAAUUAGUUUCUGAGCUUCUGCAGAACUGUGUUCUAUCUAGCUGUGGUGAAACAAACUUUGAUAAGGUGGUUCAUGGUUACCAAAGUUCAAUACCUACACUAUGCACAAUGAUAAAAGAGGAUUUGUAUAUACUAAGUGGUACUAUAGAUCCUUCCUCAACACUGACAUUUAUUAAUGAAACUUAUCUGGGUACCGUCACAGAAGAAAUAACAAUUCUUCUUGAAAGACUUUGUGAACUGCAGUUCAAAGAAAAUGCUCUACAUAUAAUUAAGACAAGCAAGAUUUCAAAGAAGAAUAGAGGAACAGUUCAUGCUUUGGCUACCCAAGAAUGCCUCAGAAAAGGAAGGAACUUCUGUUUAACAUUGUAUCAACUCAAACGUCUUUCUCAGCUUAUAAAACUCUUUUUGUUUAUGGAAGAAAGAGUUGAAGAACUCUCUGCAGAAAUUCUGUUAUUGCCUUGUUUCACUGAGAAGAACAAAAAUGUUCAAGGAGUUCUGAAGAAAGCUAGUGGGGAGCUUUUAAUAGGGGAAACUAGAGCAAAUGAAACCAGUGUGCAUUCUGAACAGUUACUUCAGGUAAAAGAGACUACUUUACUGGAUUUUAGCUGGAGAAAUGCAUUUAAAGACCUGUCUUCUUCUGUGGCACACUGUAUAACAAUAGCAAUUGAAGAUUUUUCAACUAAAAUUCUUCAGCUUGAGCAGAAAGAAGAGUCUUCAGCUGCAGUCUAUACAAUGAGUCUAGUAAACAUCCAGCAAAUGAGGGAGUCCUGGGAAACAGUCCACGAGGAGGAACAACCAAAACAAAUUGCAAAGUUUUGUUCUGACAUCAUGGAAGAACUUGACACAGUGCUUCCACUGGCUCUGGCAUGCAGAGAUGAUUCUCUUCAGGAAAUUAGAGCAAACUUUGUAGAGGCCUGCUGCAAAGUAGCAACAGCUGUCCUGGAAAGGUUGGAGGAGAGAAGCAAAGAAGUUCCCUUCAAGGCUCCACUGCAAAACUUGUAUGCUGUUCUCUCCACAGCAGUACAUGUCUUUCAGCAUUUUAUGAUGUAUGAUAAUUUAAUGAGAGAGACCAGCAAGAAGCCCCUGUUCCUAGUGCCUGUCCAGGGAUAUCAGGAAUUCAUCAACGUUCUCCAGUUUCAAGUUACCAACUACUGCGUCAGAGUUUGUGCUACAAGUAUUUUACAGGAUGCUGAGAGCCACCACUGGGAUGACUACAAAGCUUUUUAUGAGGGGGAAAGAUGCUCAUUCUCUGUCCAGAUGUGGCAUUAUUUCUGCUGUGCUCUCCAACAUGAUCUGUGGACUAUUCUACCCCCCAAGUUAGCCCAGGAGAUUCUAAAAGAAGUGCUGGAGAAAUCUUUGGCUGUGCUAGCCUGCAGAUAUUCUCAGGCCCAUCCCAGUUACAAGAGAACUCCACAGAUAAGAAUUGAUAUCACAGCGAUUUUAAUAUCUACUGAAAAUAUGCUGUGGUCAGCUUGCUGCUCAGUUCAGGAACUUUUGAAUCCACAUAAAGACAAAGAUGCCAAGAUCUAUAAAAUACACAACCACUGCAACAAUCUAUUCUCUGCACUUGCCAUUUUAACCGCACCUUUGAAGAAUCUGUAUGAGACAUUUCAGAAUGGUUUUGGUGAGCUACUUCCAUCAGAUUUCUCCAAAUCAAAUAUCAGUCACCCAUUACACUGGCUAUUUUGCCUAACACCAUUUUGUCCUCCUUUACUUAUGAUUCCAUCAACCGGAGAAAUGGCAGCCCAGGGUCAACUGAAACUGCUCUUAUCCCAACCGUAUUGUAAUUGGAACUUGCUUUUGGAAACACUGCUACAUCAGGAUUGUCUCUUAGUGAAAAUUUUAUUGGAAAGUUCAAAAAUUGAAGUAUCAAAAUGUGAUGAACAAAGUUCCUGCAUAAAACAGAUAAAUAACAAAGAGCCUACUUUGACUGAAGCAAUCUUUACAGUACUAUCCUAUUGCACUUUAUCACCCAAAUCACUUAGUAGUGCUCUUGAGAGCUACAUGAAAAAAGAGCAACUAUGGGAUUUCUUUUACAAUAUAUCAGUUUCUAGUUGUGGUGACUCAGAGCCAGAGGUUAUCAGAUGUUUGAAGCUGACUUUGAUUAAUUCAGUCAAGGGUAUAGUGAAGCAAAUAAUUUCUUUGAUGCAUUCAUGGGAGGCAACAGAGAACUAUGGAACCUAUCAACACAAGCAAAUAGUUCCUGAAAGUUUGCUGAAGACAGUUCCAAAGGAAUGGAAUUAUACACCUAGAGAAAUGAAGAGAAAAGAUGCUGGAAAAUGCUUCACAAGGCUUGCAGCUCAGGCUGUAUCUAUUGUAAUCAGCAAGUUACCUACAGUGAUUGCAUGUUUGCCUCCCCCAAUUAAAUACUUCUUUUUCCUGUCUGAGAGGAAAAUGUCAAAAAACUUUGUUGAAUCAAAGAAAGCUGGUCUGCUUGUCUGGAACUUGAUUGUAAUUAUAUGUCGGAUUUUUGAGGAUGGAAACACCGCAGAACUUUUAACAGGUGCAACGCUUGACAGAUGGAGCAAAGAGAAACUCAGUUUAGUUCGUGUGUGUUUGGAAAGUAUUGUGGGAAAACAGAAAAGUAGUCCUAAACAAGUAGCACAGAAGGUUAUACAGAGUAUAGAACAACAAAGACCAAACUGGAUUGAAAGCCAGUUGCUGAAAGCAAGAAAAUUGAGCACUGACUGUGCCUUUAUUUCAGUAGAAGAAGGUGCAGGGUUAGAGAAGGGAGGUAUUGCAUUUGAAUUGACUGAGCAGAAAAUAAACAUGAUGGUCCUGGAUAUCUGCCACAAACCAGGUGGCAGCGAGUACCUGAGGCAAAUUUAUCACAUCAUCCGGCUCAAUGAGGAAUAUUUGAAAGAGCUGCUGUCUUGUGGGAAUUCUUCUGAAGAGGAUGUAAUGCCCAUUGAACAUUCACAUUUGACACUGAGGAGCACACAAGAGCAGCCUGUUUUCAAUCCUUUCCAGGUGCACCGCCAAUAUUGUGCAAAUGUGUUUGAUCAGUCAGCCAUUACUGAAUGGAACUGGGAUUGGUCAAUCUUGCUGCCAAGUUGUCUGGGACUGAAUCAGAUGACCUUCAGGGCACUGCUGGCACACAGAUGGGAGAUGAAAGAAGAUGGAGCUCUGGAAGAGGACGAAAAAGCUAUGGUGGAACACCUAAAAAAAGUUUAUUUCAUACAGACCCCUCUUGCCUCAGAAGAUAAAGAAGAACUGUCACCUUGAAAAGCGUUUGUGUAGCACUUUCUGCUGAAUUAAACAUUAUUACAAUAAUUGUUUAGUGAUAACUGAAAAAAAUCCCUCUUAUGCAUACAUUCAAUGGCUAGAAAGCAGGGGAACUUGUAUCUGGACGAGUAGCAGUUAGAAACUAAAGGAUGUUGCUCUAUUAUUGCCUAGUCACCCCCUUAAAACAGCAACUGUUAUGUGUGUGUGGUAGCCAAGAAUAAUGUGAAAAUGCUGUGUUACACGGUAGGACAUACCUUGGUGCAGCGGAAACAAGAAGCUGAAGGCCAAAUGAGGAACUGUUUUUAAAGCAUAAAACCACAGCAUUAUACAUACUACUACUUUGGACAUUUUCCAGCCUAAGUUUGCCAGUGUAUUACAGAUGUCCUGUGGGCAUCCAAGUGUAUCUAACCCUAUGUGGGUGUGCCAGAGGUUAGAGAUCAGAGCUCAGGAAGCCUCUUCCCUAGUUCCAUCCAAAUGCACCCUUAUGAAGGACUGCUCAGGUUAGUGGUGACAGGCUCCCCAGAGAAGGGGAAGAUUCCCAAGACUGUGCCAUGGACCUGACCUCUCACCUCAGCCUCCACCUUUUUUUGUGGAGUGCAGCGGAUACGCCCGUGUGAGUGACUGUAGCAGAGGCUGCUUUAGUGGGUGCUUCCUCGGAGAAAUUGUGGCUGCCUCAGGCAUACCGCUCCCACUGAGGUAGAACAUCUCCUCAUCCACCAUGCCAUGGGGCUCAGACUUAAAAGCACAUUGUUCACAACAGCUUUCAAGUUUAAAAGGCUUUAAAAUGCAUGCUUUUGAAAACAAAACAGUUCAAGUGCAGACAGUGCUCCAAGAACCAUCUUAACAGUGAACUGAGAAAUGAAAAAUCUAUUUUUCCAUCCACUGUUUCUUUCUAAUGUAAGUAUAGUUAAGUCCAUUUUCAAUGAUAAACCCUUUACAGCUGUGUUACCUGAUAUUCAUAUCAGUCAUAGUCAAAAUUUGUAUUUUCAUCUGAAAUCUCCUUCAAGACAACCAGUUGUUGGCUGCAAGGAAGGGCUCAUGAACAUUGCUCUAUUGUAAAAAAAAGCCAGACUUUUUUAUACUUACUUUUUUGCUUUGGAAGCAUGGAGUUCUCGUUUCCCUUACUCUGCUGGAGAACACUGACAAGAGCUUAGUAGGGCUGUGACCUGAGCUCCGUUUCCUAGGCAGGGGGAGCUGGUUCUUACAAUCAGCCCACAAUGGGUCUGAAUCUCCUCUCAGAGGAGUUUUUUAUUGGUAUAACUCCAUUGAGUUGAACAGAAUUACUCCUGAUUUACAAUGAUAUAAACAAACGGAAAGUUGGACCAGUGUGACCUCUCUUUUCCAAAGGACCUUGGUAAGAUCACGUUAAGACCUAAAUAGUGAUGCUGCAUGAGACUCCAAUCUAAUCCAAUCUCCCCUGACUGGUCAUUUUUCUAAUGUAGAGCAGACAUUAGACCAUUUCAGAUGAUAUCUGCAUCUCAUAGUCUUCCAAAGAUCUUGCCUGGGUCCACCAGCAAAGAGGGAAAUGAGGCAUUGAUAUUUCUAAAGUGUUAAAAAUAGAAAUGAAAAAGCAGCCUUUUUUCACCUUGAGACAGUCAGUAUACAUCAUAAAGCGGAUAAAGCUGGAGGGUAAAAACAAUUUCUCCCUGCUUUGGAUUUCGCUUUUAAAACCACAACUAAGCUUUUAAAGCUUGAAACAUGGAUAGCGAGAUUCCCUAAAAUGGUAGAUGCAAUAUGCUGACAAAUGAGGCAUACAUGCUCCUAGCCAUAUUAAUAAUAUGUCAAGUGGUUGGAGGUCAAUCAGCAUACUUGGAUUAGUCUGUCCUAUUCUGUCAACUGUUAUUUUACUGUGUAGAAUAGCUAUUAAUUUGUUAUUGUAUAGUCAUACAAAAUAAGGGCUUGUCUACACAGAGAAGUUGACUGAAAUAGCUAAUCCACAAUAGCACCCCAUGUGAUGCUCUUAUUCCAGAAUAAGAGUGACUUUUUCUGAUAAACUUUGGAAGUAGAUUAAGGUAAACUGGAAAAAGGCACUCCACUUGGGGAGUUACUCUGGAAUAGGUAUAAUGCUUUAAAUUGACACCCUCCCUUAAUCCAAAAUAAAUGUGUGGGCAAGCCUUAAGAAAUACCAUUCUCAAUACCUCCCUUCAAAAGUUCACUCAAUAGCAACCCAGUGGAAAACUCUGGGAUAGUUACAUCUUCCAUAGUAGGGAUAUAUAUAUAUUUUUAAUCUUUACAAAGUAAAGCUAAAGAGAUGGAAUCAGCACUCUGAAUGAAGUCUGAAAAUGUUCACAAUAUCUUACUCAGAUGUUUUUCUUGUGCAAAUCUACUCUGUCUUCAUAAACCUAAGAGUAUAAACUAAUUCAUAUUUGAAGCUGAAUUUUCCCCUAAACCAUUAGUGAGGAAUGCAGGUAAAGUCCAUAUGAAGUGUUCCUUCUCACUGGCUCUCAAGAUGUAAUGGGGGAAAUAACUUGCACUGAGCAGGCAAUUUUGCAACAUUCUGUGUUUGUUUUUGAGUGGAAUUAAGUCUGAAUAAGAGCAAUGGAGUUUAAAAUUAUGAUUGCUAAAUGGAAUACCAUUGAUUUGUCAGAAAGACUGUUUAUUUUAUUUAUUUAUUUUGAAGGAGAGCAAGAAGUAAUACUUAAAAGAGGCUGCUUAUUUUUACAUCUGUUUCACCUCCAUCUAAAAUUAAGAAUAUUUGUAUAACAGGACCCUGCUUUCCUUAACUUCCUCCCAUAAAAUAGUGUCUGUACACUAUAUUUAAAGUUCAGUUAUCUCCAGAAAUUACUUUCAUUUUUAAAAGUGACAUAUUCAUACUCUUAUAACUAUUUGCUCCCUUAAUUUAUAUAUUAGCUCUUCUCAUAUGCUUGUUGAUCCAAGACUGGCUUUCACAUAUUUGCACUCAUUCUUAGUUGAGAAAGGCGAGGAGGUGAAAUAUAGAGAUUUUAGCAGAGUGAAUUCACAAGAAAAGGAAGAUAUAAUUGUAAAAGAUAUAGGAGUUUAAGGGCCAGAUUCACUCCGGUGGUGCUUCACUGGUGUAAUCUGACCCCAUAGCCAUGCAAAUUUUCCUGGAAAGACCAAGUGUAAGGAUGUCACAGGUGGCACUGGUCCUCUAAGAGUAAAGAGGCUAGUGCACCUGUGUCUGGUCAGCUGACCCUGGGCCCUAGAGGAAGGGAGAUUGGAUGAGUCGAGUAUGGGAGUUAGUGAGGAGUCUGGGGGAAAGAGAGAAAACAACAGAAAGCACUCAAAUAUGGGGCUCUAGCUGCCUGAAAGAGAGGCUGCUGAGAGCAGAGUGCUCUGCAGGGGCUCACUGGGACUAGGGAGACAGGGAGAAGCCUGGAUGGUGGGAGGAGGAAACUCUGGAAAAAGAGGAAGACCCAGGGGAGUGCCACUGUGCUGUACAUGGGGCAUGGAGCUUGGAAAAAACGUGGGAGGGACGUGAGACUGUGAUUAAGCCCAGGGUGGGUGGAUAUUGUUUGCACUGUUUUGUUUGCGCUUUUCAACUCUAGAAGGGAACUUUGGGGUAAGCCCGAGAGCCCACCAGUCUGAAGGAUGACUGAGACUGAUGAAGACCCUGGAGUCACAGAAGGAAGUGGAGCUUGAACCUUUUAAAUUAUGUUAUUGAACUUUAUUUGAGGAUUUGCGCUGUCCAUAUUAAUCAAUUACCCCUGGGUGUUAUUAGCCUAAGAGAAUGUUGGAGAAGUACUCUUGAGGAACCUGAGAAGGGAAAAAUGAGGGUGGGGCACCUGGAGGACCAUGCCACAGCAUGAGGGUGCACUCUGACAUGAUGAUCCUAUGAGAAAGGGUUACACUUCUGUUGGGUACAACUAACAUAGCCCUGUCUUGAUGGGCUAACUCAUCAGAGUUACCUUAACAUGAUAGGAAAGUCCUCUGACUGCUCAAUAUAAAGGGAAGGGUAAACACCUUUAAAAAUCCCUCCUGGCCAGAGGAAAAACCCUUUCACCUGUAAAGGGUUAAGAAGCUAGGAUAACCUCGCUGGCACUUGACCAAAAUGACCAAUGAGGAGACAAGAUACUUUCAAAGCUGGAGCGGGGGAGAAACAAAAGGUAUCUCUGUCUGUGUGUUGUUUUGCCAGGAACAGAAAAGGAAUGGAGUCUUAGAACUUAGUAAGUAAUCUAGCUAGAUAUGCGUUAGAUUCUGUUUUGUUUAAAUGGCUGAUAAAAUAAGCAGUGCUGAAUGGAAUGUAGAUUCCUGUUUUUGUGUCUUUUUGUAACUUAAGGUUUUGCCUAGAGGGAUUCUCUGUUUUGAAUCUGGUUACACUGUAAGGUAUUUACCAUCCUGAUUUUACAGAGGUGAUUCUUUUUAUUUUUUCUUCAAUUAAAAUUCUUCUUUUAAGAACA